GCGUCUGCGCAACUGCGAGCGUAGGUGUUCGGCCUUGAAAUGCAGCGGGAUUUAGUGAGUUUGCCGCUAUCCCCAGCGGUGCGGGUGAAGCUGGUGGCUGCAGGUUUCCAGACUGCUGAGGAACUCCUAGAGGUGAAACCCUCCGAGCUCAGCAAAGAAGUUGGGAUAUCUAAAGAGGAAGCCUUAGAAACUCUGCAAAUUAUAAGAAGAGAAUGUCUCACAAAUAAAGCAAGUUAUGCUGGUACAGCUGAGUCAGGCAAGAAGUGUACAGCACUGGAACUUCUUGAGCAGGAGCAUACGCAGAGUUUCAUAAUUACCUUCUGUUCAGCACUAGAUAAUAUUCUUGGGGGUGGCAUACCCUUAACCAAAACAACAGAAAUUUGUGGUGCACCAGGUGUUGGAAAAACACAAUUAUGUAUGCAGUUGGCAGUAGAUGUGCAGAUACCAGAAUGUUUUGGAGGAGUGGAAGGUGAAGCAGUUUUUAUUGAUACAGAGGGGAGUUUUAUGGUUGAUAGAGUGGUAGACCUUGCUAAUGCCUGCAUUCAGCACCUGCAGCUUAUAGCAGGAACACAUAUGGGAGAAGUUGUUUUGUUGUUUAUUUCAGAGCACCCAAAAGCUUUGCAGGAUUUCACUGUUGAAAAUAUUCUUUCCCAUAUUUAUUAUUUUCGUUGUCGUGACUACACAGAACUACUGGCACAAGUUUAUCUGCUUCCAGACUUCCUUUCAGAACACUCAAAGGUUCGAUUAGUGAUAGUGGACGGUAUUGCCUUUCCUUUUCGUCAUGACCUAGAUGACCUAUCCCUUCGUACUCGAUUACUAAAUGGCCUAGCGCAGCAAAUGAUCAGCCUUGCAAAUAACCACAGAUUAGCUGUAAUUUUAACCAAUCAGAUGACAACAAAGAUUGAUAAAAAUCAGGGCUUGCUGGUUCCUGCACUGGGGGAAAGUUGGGGGCAUGCUGCUACAAUACGACUAAUCUUUCAUUGGGACCAGAAGCAAAGGUUGGCAACAUUGUACAAAUCACCAAGCCAGAAGGAUGCUACAGUACUAUUUCAAAUCACACCUCAGGGAUUUAGAGAUGCUGUUGUUGCUACUGCACGUUCAUUGCAAACAGAAGGUUCAUUGAAUAUCCGGAAGCGGUCACGGGACUCAGAGGAAGAAAAGGAAUCCAAAGACUAGUCUCAGAGUAUACAUAUGUAUUGAUGCUGUGAGAGAUGCAGUGCUUACAAGUAGUAGACUUGUUACUUUAGAAUAUAAACACUAUGGCGUGAAUGAAUCCAGUCUAUAUUAAGUGAAUGGUGAGUGAAUGGAUCAGGUCUAUAUUAAGUGAAAAUACUUAACAAAUAGGAUUCUCUGAAAGAGUUUUUCUAAACUAAGCAGUGUUCUACAGUUGUAUUUAACCCUGUUUUCAUUUUCAGUAACAUUCAGUAGAGAUGAUACAGGUAUUGUAUUUUGCAAAUGUGGAAAGCUGAUCGCUUGUGGCCAAUCUGAAUUUAAUAUUCAGACUGUUUUUUCCUCCUUUCUUUGCCAAUUGCCUAGACAUUUCUAGGAAGAAAAGAUUUUUUUCACAUUCCUAUCGUGCUCUCCUCUUUAAAUGUAGCUUUGAUAAUUCUCAAAAAUGACAUGUUUCUAUUAUGAAGAAAAGCCAGCACCAUGAGUCAGCAUAUCAUUACAUUCAGUUUAUGAGUAGGAUACAAAUUUUGGAUGACCAGUCUGAUUUUAGUGACCCCAAUCCUAAAAUCUAAGUCAUUUGUUCAGUUUUUAAUGUUAUUUUGUAACAUUAAAGGAAGGACUUUGGAGUUGUUAUCCCAUCUAGAACAUUGACUGGAACGUAUAUCUAUGUUGUCAAGUUGAUAAGCUUACAGUCAUUUAUUUCUAUAUUUUUGAAACAUGGUGUGAUCCAGUUCUAGGUGUAUUGACAUUUUCCUUUGAAUAAUCUUAAUACUGCUUGAAUAAAUUAAAAAUUUGGAUUCUUGAGUGGUUUCAAAAUUUUAAAAUGUUU